CACUCCCCCUCAUCCUCCAUCUCUCUCACACACACACACACACACACACACAAAUGCACGCUCUCAACCCCUCCUCCUGGGUCGACACAGCCGGAUUCUGAACGUUUCUCUCCAGUCUGUUGAGCUCCCCUUUAACUGCAUGUCCUUGCAUACACACACUCACACGCACAGACACACUCUGUCCCUAGUUGAGAUGACGGGCUCUGGUUUCAGUCGGUGCAGGCGGCAAGCGCAGCUGUUGGGCUUGAGAUUCUUUUUUUCAUGCAGUGGCUGCGGGGAGUGUAACUGCACUGCCAUCUGAGAAACUUGGGUGUAGAUGAAGCAGCUAGCAGUUUGUUCUCUUACUGGAUUGGAAAUAUUUGAUUGCUUCUCAUCUGAUGUAGAGUUUGCAAGCUGAGGCAAAAAAGAGGCAGAAGCUCUCCAGCCCUGUGGACGUCCAGAUUAACUUCUUCAGGCCAUGAUGGAGCCCAAGGCGGCUCCACUGGCGGGUGGCAUAACGUGGGUGCGGGUGUGUAAGGAAUGUGGACAGUGUCAUGAAGGUCAUGACAGUCACCUGUUUGAAUAUCAAGAUGAAGUGGAUGACGAGCUGGUGUGCCACAUCUGCCUGCAGCCUCUGUUGCAGCCCAUGGACACGCCAUGCGGACACACAUACUGCUUCCAGUGCCUCAGCAACUUCCUGCACGACCAAGACUUCUGUCCAGUCGACCGCCAGAGGCUUCAGCUACAGCAGUGCCGUGCCUCCAGCCUGCUGGUGCGUAACCUGCUGGACAAACUGGCUGUGCUGUGCCCGUUCCGCAGCGAGUGCCAGCUGAGCAUGCAACGCUGUGAGCUGCAGCCCCAUCUCCACAACAGAUGUCCUGCCUUCAAACGACUCAGGGAGGAGGCGGAAAAAAAAAAGAGACCUUCCUGGAAUGAGUUUAAAGGAAGCAAAUCAGAUGGAGAUUUAGCUGACGCCAAAUCUACCCCAACAAUUGCACGCACAGCUCAACUCAGUGGACCCUCAGAACCUGGACUGGUCAACCCAGCCUUUGAGGAGGGUGAAGAUGACACCCCCCUGAGGUCCAGUCUUGUGGCAGAGGCAACUGUGGUGGAGCUGUUACGAGAGGAUACAGAAGAGGAUUUGGGAUUGCGUAUAGUGGGAGGGAAGGACACACCCUUGGGCAACAUCGUCAUUCAGGAGAUUGUGCGUGAUUCACUGGCUGCUCGAGAUGGCAAGCUGGCUCCUGGAGAUCAUAUUCUAGAGGCAAAUGAUGUCAGUUUGGCAUCCAUUCCCCACAGUCGUGCCAUUGCUGUGCUUCGGCAGUCAUGUUCCCGCCUCAGGCUAACUGUCAUGCAGGAGAAGGGCUUCAAGCCCCGGCCCGAACAUCUUGCUCAGCCCUCAGCUUCUCCCCCAUCGCACUCUCCCAAUCCCAACCAGAACCACGGCACUGUCAUCCAGGUCACCCUGGUAAAGCGUGAGCGCUCUGAGCCGUUAGGAAUCAAACUCAUCCGUAAGUCUGAGGAGCCAGGAGUCUUCAUCCUGGACCUGCUGCCUGGAGGACUGGCUGCCAAAGAUGGAAAACUGAGGAACAAUGACAAAGUGCUAGGCAUCAACGGACAGGACCUGAGACAUGGCACCCCGGAGAGUGCAGCUCAGAUCAUACAGGCAAGUGAAAUGCGCGUGAACUUCGUAGUAAUGAGACUUCCUGAUCUCUCCGAGGAGGGUGGUGAGGGGCAGAGCCGAGGGGCCAGGAGAGUCCCCGAACCGCAGUACUUCAAACGACGCUCCGAAUACAUGAAGGAGCCUCCAGGUGGCUUCUCCAGUCAAGAGAAGACUGUGAAUCUAAAGAAGGAGCCUCGACUCUCUCUAGGCAUCACCAUCGCAGGUGGCAGAGACUGCCGCAGCCGUUUGCCCGUCUACAUCACUAGUGUGCAGCCGGUGGGAUGCCUGCACAGAGACGGCACCGUCAAAACAGGUGAUGUACUGCUGAGUAUAAAUGGCAUUGACCUGACCCAACUGACCUACAAUGAGGCGGUGACCGUCCUAAAAGCUCAGACGGCUCAGAACACAGUAACACUGCGAGUCAUCCAAACCUUCACUGACGAGGAGGAGCAAGAUGGAGAAUCCAGCACUAGAGAAGACAUGGAAACACUGGAGGGACACAAAGAGGACGACAUUAACUGGGUUCCUCUCUGGACGCGCUGGCUGGGUCUUCCCAGCUACAUCCACUGGUGUCGUGACAUUAUGCUAAUGAAGACCAACAGUGAGAGCUGGGGCUUCAGUAUCGUGGGAGGAUAUGAGGAGAGUCAUGGCCAGCAGCCCUUCUUCAUUAAGACCAUAGUGCCUGGAACUCCAGCUCACUUUGAUGGACGGCUCAAGUGUGGUGAUGAGAUUGUGGCUGUGAAUGGACUCACUACAGUUGGCAUGAAUAACUCCUCAUUGAUCCCAAUGCUGAAACUGCAGAAGAACAAAGUCACAUUGACCGUGGUCUCCUGGCCUGGCAGCCUGGUUUAAAGACUAGCCGGAACUCUAUUGCUGUUACUGGGUCUACCACAAGAUACAUGCACAAGUCUAAUAUUGGAGAAGGGAUGUUUUGACUCCUCUCUUAAGAACAGGGUGGCAUAUUGGGGAAGUGUGUUAACAAUCAUUGACCUAGAUUUAAAAACAAGCUGAAAGGUUGAUAUUUAAUCCACUGUAGGCAUUUAGUGUUUCACAAAGAUUUCUGUUGAGCUGUGAUGGUGAAAGAAGUGUGAACCGCACUUAAGGAUACUGGACAAGCUUGACUUACUGUUUAAAAAUAAGUUUUAAUUGGGAUAUUUAUCAUGCCCUUUGCUUGGGUAUAUUUUAGUAUGGAACUUCAAGACUUCUAGUUUCCAUAUAUAACCAGUAAUAAUCUUUAAGAUGGUUUAUGAUUGACAUCAAGUGGUCAGUAGUAAGGUAAUAAAUAUGAGUAAUUAUUUUGACUACCUGGAGUUGGACCAUAUCACAGUCUUAUGUUGAUGGCCGCUCUAACGGCACUUUUUACUGUGUUGUUAUAAGUUGUGAGAAUAGUUACACUUGUGUAAAACUAUGUAGUUGCUGUUGGGGUGAUUAGUAUGGACUGUUUUUUAAAACCACAGCUUGGCUCGUUUGACAUUUUUUUUUAAAGAAUGUAUCUCUUAGGUGCCUUGGAUAUAAAUGUGUACAAACACACUUAUCUACACCUGCCUUAAUUGCCUGUAUACCAAAAAUGCCAUUCGUUAUCUUUGGCCUUUCAUCAUCUGAAGAAUGUUUAUUUGAAUGCUUUGUUUUUUUUUCAUCUGAUAUCUGUACAUUUAACCCUUUUACUUUUUAAUGCAUUUUAGUGAAUUUCAAUUAUGUUCUUUGGACUAGCAAAGCAAUGUGAAAGGGUUAUAAAAAUGACAGAAUAAAAUAUUUUGUUUUAUUUUAUUA